AUGGAAAAUAUCCACCACAACAGCUCAGACUUGCCUUCUUUCAUCCUGACAGGGCUCCCAGGACUGGAGGCCUCCCAACACUGGAUAUUUCUGCUUCUUGGUGCCCUUUAUUUUGUCUCCAUUGUGGGUAAUGCCCUUAUCCUUUUCAUUGUCAAGGAGGAGCAGAGCUUGCAUCAGCCUAUGUACUAUUUCUUGUCUCUGCUGUCAGUGAAUGAUAUAGGGGUGUCCCUUUCCACUCUGCCCACGGUGUUGGUCACAUUUUGCUUCCAUGUGAGGAAGAUCAGUUUUGAUUCCUGUAUGUCUCAGAUGUUCUUUAUACACUUUUUCUCCUUCUUGGAAUCAGGGAUCCUACUGAUCAUGAGCUUUGACCGCUAUGUGGCCAUUUGUAACCCCUUGCGCUAUGCUACAGUGCUCAGUGACGCCCGAGUGGUGCGCAUGGGCAUAUCUGUUAUUAUCCGCAGUUUCUGUGUGGUUUUCCCACUACCUUUUCUUCUGAAAAGGCUGCCGUUCUGCAAGGCCAACAUACUUUCCCAUGCCUACUGUCUGCAUCCAGAUCUGAUCCGGCUGCCCUGUGGCGACAUCACCAUCAAUAAUUCUUUUGGUUUAUUCAUCGUCAUUUCAAACUUUGGUCUGGACUCUGCACUCAUUCUCCUUUCUUACGUUCUCAUACUGCGUUCAGUACUUGCUAUUGCCUCAAAGGAGGAGCGGUUAAAGACACUUAACACGUGUGUGUCACAUAUGUGUGCUGUGCUCAUCUUUUAUGUACCCAUGGUUAGUGUGUCCAUGGUUGCUCGUUACGGGCGGCAUGCCCCAGAAUAUGUGCACACACUCAUGUCCCUUAUUUAUCUUUUUGUGCCGCCAAUGCUCAAUCCUGUCAUCUAUUCCAUCAAAACUAAAGAGAUCCGUCGAAGGCUUUUUAAAAUACUACUGGGCACCAAGUUUUAA